AGCCCUUGGCGAUCGGCCCACGGGAGGCCGCUGCUCGGGAAGCAGACCCCGCAGGGCGCCCAAGAAAUCCCCUGUUCCGGAAACCGGGAUAGGCGGGGGACCGGAGAGGAGGCGCCCCGGGUCGCCAGCCCGCUCGUCACGUGACCACGCGGAGCGGAAAGCCGGAACGGGCGGCGACGCCUACGCCAGGAGACCAGGAUGCUGCCCAGUCCUGCGAUCUAUCACUUCCCCUGGGAGGUCCGUGCCGGCCACGUUCCUGACGGCAGCUCACUGAGAACGUUCGGCAGAUUGAGCCUCUACGACAUGACCCAGUCCAGACUGACCCUGGUGGCUCGGCAUGGAGCCGACCAACACCAGGUCCUGGUCUGCACCAAGCUGGUGGAGCCCUUGCAGGCCCAGGUGGGCUCCCUGUACAUGGUCCUCGGGGAGCUGGAGCUCCAGGAAGGUGGAGAGGCCGUGGUGAAGGCGCGCGUGCUAACCUGCGUGGAGGGGAUGAAUCUAGCUCUGUUGGAACACGCCAUCAGGGAGCAGAGGCUGUACCAGCAAGAGAGGGACGGCACAGCCCAUAGGGAAUGACAGUCACCCCCCGCUCCACCACCCUAAGCCCGCUUCCUGGGCCAACCCCCCCAGAGACUGGUGCUGCCCAGGGGGCCUGGCCACCCCUGCCCUCCCCAGACGAGCUGUACCAGGUGUGGAGCCCAGAAUGUUCCAGAAGGCCCUGGAGAAUAAAGGCUGGCUGUGA